AUGAUUCCCCUAUACAGAAAAGCUCUUUUUCGGACUCUUCGCUUUUUUGCAUGGUCUUUGUUCAGUGCUUGGCUUUUCUUUUUAUUUGAAAAUACUGAAAAGGAUGACGCACAGGAUAAAUUACAGCUGCUUCGUUCUCUCUAUGAAUCUAUGGCAUCUAAAUACAACAUGUCUAUUGAAGAGUUCAACGGUUUUAGCAAAGUGGCGUAUGAAGCUUUGAGCGAACCAAAACGGCAGUGGAGCUACUACGAAGCAGUUGAUUUUACUUUCCAGGCUUUUACGACAAUAGGUAAGGUCCAGUGUUAGCCCGCGUGGCUGGCGGGAUUGUUAUCCCUGGGUUUUUUCUUGUCGUUACGGGUUAAUUAUGUGUGAAGGAAAAAGAUCAUUUAUUAUAAGUUUCCUUUCUUUCAGCUGAUUUCUGUGUCAGUGUCGAGUUUCCUUCUUAUGUGCAUUGUUUUUCCUGAAAAUUGUCGUGAACGUUAUUUGAAACAAAAAAGGAGACCAUCCUCAUCUUUUCUAGUAUUUUCUCCCAUUCGCCAAUUCCACAUUUCUAGAAAGUAUUUUCAGUUAAUGGCUGAGUGAGGACACUUUUAGGACCACGUACCGGUUUAUCCGUUCUUGUAACUUUCAAGUGUUUUUAUCAGGGUCAGGGGCCCGUUUCUCGAAAGUCCCGGUAACUUUUCGGGCCCGAAAUCAAAUAUUCAAAUCGAAAUAUAAAGAAUAAGAGCGCGGGUCCUGGUAGGAGACUACUCCAUUUUGUUUCACUAACUGAUAGUUUUAUCAUGUUAGAUUCAAAACUAUUGAAACCUCGAUCUUUAAUGUAAACGGAGACAGCUUACCGGGCCAGUUAAUUAUCGGGACUUUCGAGAAACAGGCCCCCUGAACGGGUUGUUUUGAACCCGCACCUUUUAACGCUUGUCUUGUUGAUCUUGUUGAUUCACAUUUGCCGCUUGAACGUUUGAAUCCUGACGAUUUCACGAAUUCUCGACAGACAGAAAAAAAUAUCGUACAUCCCGUCGCCAAAUUUUGGCAAAUCCCGAUCCCAUGGUAGCAGUGAAAUCCCGUAUCCCGUCAAGAUAUUUUGUGUUUUCUUGAAGCCUACGCAGUAUUUGGCGAAAUCCCGGGUCUCACAAAUACCCUUCCAGACCGACUGAUUUUCACAAACGUUAAGGAUUAUAGGCACUCGCACGUGGUAGUCGUGAAGACGUGACGGCAAAGAAUUAUGUACAAAAAAAACGUGAUUCACGGGCCACGUUUUUAAUCGAUUGUUUUUCGACGUUCUCGUUGCUGUUGCUGUCUACCUUGCUUAAGGUCCCUAAAAUGUUUGUUCAGUUAGUGGGAGUAUUGGAUGAAACAAGUUCCACUUAAGUUGCUCAGGUUUUCAAUUUCAUGAAAAACCGUAUCUGUAUCUCCUCUAGGCUAUGGUUAUAUCACGCCUCAAACACCAACCGGCCAGAUAAUGUGUAUCUUGGUAUGUUUCUUGGGGAUUCCGAUUACAAUGCUGGCCUUAAAAUCCGUCGGCGAAGUUAUCCUUAAACUGGUCAACACAGUUAUCACGAAGUUUGAGAAGAACAUUCUGGGAAGGCCAGUUCCAAAGCAAGUACAAACCAAAAGUGCUGUGAUCUUAUUCCUCCUGAUGCUGCUGACAAUCUUUGUCAUCGGUCUUCUACAGAUUUCCGUGAAAGUGAAUCUCCUCCAAAGAGUGUAUUUCGCGUUUGUGACUUGUAGCACCAUCGGCUUUGGUGACUAUAUUCCUUUUCAGAUAAGCAGAAGAAUAGACCACUUACCUGUCAAUGGCUCUAAUGAUGCAUUUAAAGAAAAGAAACAGGGCCCUGAUGUGUUCUAUGCCCUAUCCUGGGAAAUUGAGGUCAUUUUUGGUUUGUGCCUUGUGUCAAGUGUAUUAAACUCAAUAAUGGCAGCCAUGGAAGAACGAAAAUGGCAUUAUCCUGGAUGUAUUCCGCGAAAGACAAGGAAACCCGUGGAUAUGGACCCCGCAAUUACCACAUGA